UUUUAUUGUCUUUAUAUGGUUGUAAAAUCUGGGUUUUUGAGUCAAUUAAGCAAAAGCUUGAGAACAUCGUCAAGUGAUGAAUGAUUGCCAUAUGUACUCAAAAGAAAUAUGUAAUAUUGACUUACAAGUUGCAACAUGUUAUACUAUAUUUGGACUAUUCAUUCCGUAUCUGUGUCUUGUGCAGUAUCAUUCUCUGUAUCAUUAAAGAACAAAGUGUUUUUCAAACAAGAGUUUCAGAUUGAGAGACGGGAACUAAGAAUUGCAUCGAAGGUACCUGAGAUUCUUACCACUGGUUCCAUACUGGAAAACAUCAUUUUAGAAAUUGUCAACUCUGAGGGUAUUGUUGAUGAAACUAUCCACGAUGAAGAAAAAACUGGUCUAUCACAUAUGCUCACAAUUAAGGCUGAUUGGCUUGAUAUGGAGGAGUCCACCCGAUAUACUUUCAAGCAUGGGCGAUGUGUUGUUCCUGCUAUACUUUUAUCUAAAACUGAGGGGACCAUUUGUUUCUCAGCUUUCCACUCUCGUCAUUCAAGCCUUAGUGUGAAUGUUAAGGUUCAUAUGAUCAAACCCGCGAUACCAACUCCAAAUUUGGAGCAUAAUAAGGUUUCAUCUACUCAUGCAUUGCUUCUUCAGGACCCAAGUUCAAUUAAUCAAGUUGGUGUAAACUAUAUCAUGUCCAUUGAGAAUAAAAAAAAGGCCCUUGAAGAGAAGAUAUGUAAAACUGGUUUGGCAAUCCAAGUAGUGGAAGAACAAUGUGCUAAGUUAAACAAAAAGAAGGAAGAAGUUGAGCAAACUAUAAAAGAAUUGCAAGAUUCCACUGAAUCACAUUCGUUGGGAUUCUUAAAUCAUUUGUCCACAAAAGAGGAAGUAAUGGAGGAUAUAGAAAAGAUCAGUAACUCUGCUGCUGCCAUUCUUUGCAAUAUUUCGAGGGUAGUUCCAUUCCAAGAGCCAGAGAAUCAUUUAAUGAAAGACAUAAUAGGGGUGGUUGCUCUACUUGGUAGAGUUCAAUAUAGCCAGCUUAGCAGGAUAUUGUCAGAAUAUUUGGGUGUAGAUCAAAUGCUAGCUGUUGUCACCAGAUCUUUUGAAUCUGCUGCUCAUCUUGAAAUGUAUACACAUACUGGUGAAGUUGAUCGCAGCAAUGCUCUUCAUGCUGAAGCAGCCAUUCUUGGGAAAUCCAUAAAUGGUCGAUUUACUGUUAUAUGCCUUGACAAUAUAAGUCCAUACAGAGGUGGCUUUGAAGAUCACCCUCAGGGGAAGCUGGCUUUACCACUUCCUUGUUUUAUUGAUGGAACCAUUCCAAAAGGAUUUCUGGGAUUUGCCGUAAAUAUGAUUGAUUUAGAUGAAGAUCAGCUAUCCAUAACCAACAAUUCAGGCAAUGGUCUUAGAGAGACCGUAUUCUAUCGCCUUCUUGGUCAGCUCCAAGUUUACCAAACCAGGGAAGACAUGCUAGCAGCCAGUGCUUGUAUAAAACACGGCGCUGUAUCACUAGAUGGUGGAAUCUUAAAAGAAAAUGGUGUAAUGUCUUUUGGAUUUAGUGACCCCGGAGUAUGUUUUCAAGUUGUCACGACAAACAAUGAAAUGGCUCUUUCUCAAGAAAAUUUGAAGCUGCUCCAAGACCAGAAAUCAGAAUUGAAAACCAUCGAUGAUAAGAUAAAACAAAAUGUCAAACAUCAUGGGCAAGUUUUAAACUAUUAUGAAAAGACAAAGAAAAAGUUAAGCAAGUUGAUGGACGAUGUGGAACGGAACCUAUGAUGAAACAAGGAUCCAACACAGAAUAGUUUCUACAUUAUGAUGACAAAUCAAGUCACACCUUCUCUCCACUUUUAACUACAUUUUUGCGUUAUAAAUUUAAUUUAAGGGUGUAUAUAUAUGUAUAGAUGAAGUACUUGGGGGUUUUACUUUUCAUCAUAUAUUUAUACGUAUAAUAUGAUGAUAAGGAAGUUAUACUUUUUUAUAGUUUUUUUUGUUUGAACUCUAACCAGGAAUACUAUACAUAUUGUAUGGCUAUCUAAUUUAGUAAUCUGUCUAGAAAUUAAUUUAUCGAAAAAGUAGCCUUUUUAGAGGAGUUUGUUUUAUACUAGGAUGGACUUUUUUACAACUUGGGCUUCAGCUAUGCUCUAUUUUUCUCUUA